UGAGGCGGUGGAACGGUCCAGAUGUGAGCGGAGCUGCUGCCCCAGGAGCCGACGAGCCUUUAUUUUGAAUGCGGCUGGGAGUCGUUGCAGCGGCCGCGUUCAUGCAGCAGCAGCAGCAGCAGCAGCAGCAGCAGCACUCGGUUGUCGAGUUUCACUCCACCAGCGGACUGAGGCAGACAGAAGCUUGGAUAAAGGCCGGUCUGCCGGACUCCCAGGACCGCGUUUGAACCAGGAGAACCAGGGUCUGCUGCGGCUGCUGCCGAGCCCCCCCCGUCCCCCCCCCGGGGCUUCACUGAGCUGUGAUAGUGUCUGGUACCAGGUGAUAAGAACCAGCUGACAGUCAGGGUCCAGUGCUGGUCCGGUCCGUCAAGAUGGCCGCCGUGGUGAACUACUCUCCCCCCUGGUGGGUGAACCUGCUCCACCGUUUGCCUCAUUUCAACAUUGAGUUCCAGCUGGUCAGCAGUGACUUCAGACCGGAGAACUCUGAGUACCAGAAGUCUGUCCUGCUGCUGGGGGCCGUGGUGUUGGUCUGCCUGGGCCUGGACCUCCUCUUUCUUCUCUUCUACUCCUUCUGGCUUUGCUGCAGGCGUCGCAAAAGUGACGAAGCCUCCCACUCGCACGCGCACUCUCAUCGGCCCAGCCCUGACUGCUGCUGCACGGCCUGGUGCGUCAUCAUCGCCACGCUCGUCUGCAGCGCUGGUAUCGCUGUUGGAUUCUACGGAAAUGGAGAGUCCAGUGAUGGAGCCAGUCGGUUGGCCUACUCCCUGCGUCACGCCAACCACACUGUAUCUGGGGUGGAGAAACUGGUGACAGACAGCGCCCGAGCCUUGAACCAGACUGUGGAAGAGAACCUGGUCAUCCUGGAGACCGCCUUCCAGGAGCAGGCAGACUACAUGUCCAUAGUCCAAAAGCUGCAGGGACAGCUGGACGAGCUGGUGAGGCUGAUGGUGGACGUUCCUUUUUGGUCCAGUACUGACGUCUCCCUGGACGACUUGGCUCGCAAGACAGAGGAGUUUGACUUUUACAGGUGGUCGGCCUACCUGGGCCUGCUGCUCUUCGAUGCACUCAUUUGUCUGCUGGUGCUCUUUGGUUUGAUUCGCAACUCCAGAGGUACUCUCAUUGGAGUGUGUCUGCUGGGGGUUCUGACUCUCAUCAUCAGCUGGGGGUCUCUGGGCCUGGAGCUGGCUGUUGCUGUGUCGGCCAGUGACUUCUGUGUCUCCCCGGAUACCUACAUCACCACGGUAACCAAGGACAACACUGUCAUCAACCAGGAGAUACUGCAGUACUACCUGAGGUGCAGUAGUGGACACACCAACCCCUUCCAGCAGAGGCUGUCGGGCAGCCACAAAGCUCUGGUGGAGAUGCAGGACGAUGUGGCCGAGCUGCUGAGGUCGGCGACCCGUGAUUACGCCAACACUAAGGAGAGUCUGGAACAGGUCCAGUCAGUACUGAACUCCACCGAGGUCGGUCUCCACCAGCUGACGGCUCUGGUCGACUGUCGCAGCCUUCACAUGGUGAGGAGCUGUGGUCUCAUCUAUCUGAUCCUGUUUUCUUUCAUCACGGCUCUGAUGUUCUCCUCCAUCGUCUGCAGUGUUCCACACACCUGGCCUGGCAAGAGGACGGACGAGGACGAUGGAGAGGACGAGUCGGGCGCCUCACGUGGCGGCGUUCACGAUAACCUCUACCGCGUUCACAUGCCCAGUCUCUACAGCUGUGGCUCCAGCUACGGUAGCGAGGCUAGCCUGCCUGCUACAGCCCACACUGUCAGCAAUGCCCCAGUCACUGAAUACAUGAGCCAGAACGCAAACUUUCAGAACCCUCGGUGUGAGAACACCCCCCUGAUUGGCAGGGAGUCCCCUCCACCCUCUUACACCUCUAGUAUGAGAGCCAAGUAUUUGGCCACCAACCGACCAGACCAGAACCGACGCUCUGUUCCUAAUGAACAACUGGACCCGGCGAGCCGACCUCACCCCACUGCCCGACCACAGUCCUCUGUCCACUAGACGCCAGAGCCACUGCCCGACUACAGUUCUCACAGCCAACAAGAUCAGACACAGCACAGACCAAACCUCCAGCUCCACAGCCACAGCGCCACCUGGAGCCCAGUGUUCCCAGUGUUCCCAGGUCCACUAACACUGGGCGACGGCAAACAAACAAAACUCCAACCACUAACCUCAGUCAAAGACUACACUUUAAAAAGGCAACUUCCUCUUCGUCACUUCCUCUUCGUCACUUCCUCUUCGUCACUUCCUCUUCGUCACUUCUACAGCCGUUCAAAGGCAGAUGAGUUCAGAUAAAGAACAGCGAUUCAACCUCCUCCUCCCCCUUGACCUCCUCCUUGACCUCCUUGACCUCCUCCCCCUCCUCUUCUUCACAUCAAGAGCUCCUUAUUCUACUACUGCAGUGAAAAAGCAGCUGGAUUACCCACAAUCCUCAGCAACUGAAGGCUGUUUCUAGUUUCUCCUUCUUCUCUCCCUAUGUCUGCCCAUGCUGACCCCUAGUGGACAAAGUUACUUCACCCCUGACCCUGAGACUUGUACAGUUAGAUUACACACACACACACACACACACACACAGUGUAAAUAGCUUCAUCCUAACAUUUAAAAGAAGACGCUGGAAUCAUAACUGGUGACGUGGUGUGACGUGUAAAUCUUUGCUGUAUCGUUCAUCUCACACACACACACACACUCUCUCUCUCUCUCUCUCUCUCUAACUUGUGGUGUAACUGGAGCGUCGCGGUCGUCGCUGCCUCUCUACGUGUUUACAUCCUCAAACGACAGGACGCUGCUUUCUGGACAGAAGUCUGUUGUAGGAGAACUGAAGCCACAAGACGGACAGACAAGGACGACCAUGUCCACCUGUGCCAAAAGACUUUCAACCCUGACCACCCCCCCCCC